CCCUUUACGCACAGCUCCACGCACGCUGUCUCUCCUCCCUGUCCCGUCCGUCCGAGCAAGAGCCUUUUGCGCACACUUGUUUCAUUCCUCAGGGAGCUCAGCCACUCUUCCACAGUACUUGUAUUGACUUCUCAAUAGCUGUCAAUCAGCGUGAAUGGCCAAAGGAGGAGAGGACACGUCUGGGAUGUGGAGGGGAAUCACCGGACUGACCAUAUGCUGCCUGCUGCUGCUGAUUCAUUGCUCGACUCAAGCAGCCGCAGAUGUCAAAUGCAGCUCAAGGCAGUUUCAAUGUGGAAAUGGGAGAUGCAUCACCAGCAAAUGGACGUGUGACGGCAGUGACGAUUGCGGUGAUGGAACUGAUGAGCUGCCGGCAACUUGUGAUGCAAAAACCUGUCAGCCGUCGGAGUUCAGAUGUGGCGGUCCUCUGAACCGGUGUAUACCAAGAGGCUGGCACUGUGACGGGAAAGCUGACUGUGCCAACGGGGCUGAUGAACAGAGCUGUGAGGCCAAGGAGUGCACAUCUGGCCAAUUUCGCUGUACCAAUGGCGAGUGCAUAUCUUCAUCGUUUGUGUGCGAUGAGGACAAUGACUGUUCGGACGGCUCAGAUGAAGCCUCCUGCCCCAAAGUCACCUGCAACUCGAGGGCCUUUCAGUGCAACAACUCGCUGUGUGUGCCGGCUCUGUGGGCGUGCGAUGGAGACAGCGACUGCACCGACGGAUCUGAUGAGUGGCCGCAAAACUGUGUGGGACGGGAGCCAGACAAGACUAAGACGCCCUGCAGCACACAGGAGUUCUACUGUGGCAGCGGGGAGUGUAUCCACAGCAGCUGGCACUGUGAUGGGGGCAUGGACUGCCGGGAUCGAUCGGACGAAGUCAACUGCAGUCGUCCCACUUGUCGCCCAGAUGACUUCCAGUGCAACGACGGCUCCUGUAUCCAUGGCAGCCGCCAGUGUGACGGAGAGUUUGACUGCAGGGACCUCAGUGAUGAGAUUGGUUGCCAUCAAGUAAAUGAUUGUGGAGACCCUACCAUGUUCAAGUGUCGCAGUGGGGAGUGUAUUAUGAUGGACAAGGUCUGCAACAAACAGAAGGACUGCAGGGAUUGGUCAGAUGAACCCCUAAAGGAGUGUGACACCAACGAGUGUUUGAAUGGAAAUGGAGGCUGCUCUGAUAUCUGCAAUGACCUGAGGAUCGGCUACAACUGCUCCUGCCCUGCUGGGUACAGCCUGAAGGCGGACAAGAAAACCUGUGAAGAUGUGAAUGAAUGUGAAGACCCAGACAUUUGUAGUCAGAUCUGUGUCAACCAGCCGGGCAGCUACAAGUGUGACUGUAAGGAGGGAUAUGAGAUCGACCCUGUCACCAAGACCUGCAAAGCUGAAUCAGGGACUGUCCCCUACCUGUUCUUCACCACUAAACACGAGGUGAGGAAGAUGACGUUGGACCACAGUGACUACGUCCGUCUAAUCCCCCAGCUGAAGAGUGUGGUGGCUGUGGAUUUCGACAUGCCUAACAAGAUAAUCUUCUGGUCUGACCUUUUCUGGAAGAAAAUCUACAGCUCCAAGAUGGACGUGGCUGGUAACUCCUCUCACCAUACUGUGGUAAUUGGCAGUGAGAUUGAGGCCCCCGAGGGCAUUGCAGUCGACUGGAUCCAUGGCAACAUCUACUGGACCGAUAGCGUCAUGAAGACUAUCUCCGUGGCAACCACAGACGGCAGUAAGAGGAAGACGCUGAUCACAGAUGGCCUGGACAAGCCAAGAGACAUUGUAGUGGACCCAGUAAAUAACUUCAUGUACUGGACUGACUGGGGCGAUCAGGCCAAGAUAGAGAAGUGUGGCUUGAAUGGAGCCGACCGCACGGUUUUGGUGGCAGACAACAUUGUCUGGCCCAAUGGCAUCACCUUGGACAUGGUCAACCAGCGUCUGUACUGGGUUGACUCCAAGAUGCACACCCUCUCCAGCAUUGAUGUGAAUGGAGGGUUGAGGCACGCUGUCAUUUUCAGUGAGGAGAAGCUGUCCCACCCUAUCUCUCUGGCUGUUUUUGAGGAGAAAGUCUUCUGGACUGAUGUGAGCACCAGUGCAGUAAUGAGUGCCAAUCGUCUGACAGGCGGAGACAUCACCGAGCUGGUGGGCGACCUGAACCAGCCAGACAGCAUCGUACUGUACCAUGACCUCAAACAGCCCAUCGGUAUCAACUGGUGCAGACAGAGCAACAAUAUGAAUGGAGGUUGUGAGUUUCUGUGCCUCCCUGCCCCAGUGAUUAACCAGCACUCUCCAAAAUACACCUGCGCCUGUCCUGAUAACAAGACCCUGGCAGCUGACAUGAGGAAAUGUGUGACAGCAGCCACAGCUGUCCCUCCUAUAGACGCCAGAACUUCUGCACCGCCCUCGUCCAAAGCUCCCGCUGAGCCUACAGCCAGCCAGCUCGUCCCUUCUACUACCUCCACUGUGAAAAGCACUACUAUAACCAGAGCUGCCAAAACACCUCCAUCUACAUCUACAGCUAGCUCCUCGACCCCCCGUAUCCAGCCCCGGGACCCCAACCGCAGCUCCACUCAGAGCACAGAGCAGUCCGAGGUCACUGCUAAAGCUAACAACAGCAGCUUUGCAGCCAUGCCCAAAGAAGCCGAGUCCCACCCUGUAGCGCUCUACAUCGUGCUGCCAAUAAUGAUGAUGUGCCUGCUGGUCUUUGGAGCGGUGUUGCUAUGGAGACACUGGCGUCUGAAGAACACCAACACCAUCCACUUUGACAAUCCUGUGUACCAGAAAACCACAGAGGAUGAGGUGCACAUCUGCAGGAACAGCUCUGAUGGCUACGUUUAUCCUCAGAGGCAAAUUUUGAGCAUGGAGGAUACGGACAUUGCGUGACCCAGAGAUGAAGAACACAGUGGUUUUAUUUGAAGUGUUGUUAUAUUUUCUGCUGCAGAAACAAAGGCCAUUUUAUCUAAUGCUGCUGCUUACAUGCCUUUCCUUCCCCCAGUGACCUCAUUUUGUGGCUUAUGUUUGUGACCUCAACACUGUGCCGCCCAAGUGUGAAGGAAGUAACUUUAAAAAAAAAAAAAAAAAAAAAGAGACAAAAACAGAAGAUCCUUGAAGUUGCAGUUUCCUAUGAAAAAGCAGAAUAUAACUGCAAGAAGCCAUUUUGUCAGACCACAAAAUGGCUUCAGCAUGAGUGAGUGAUGCAUGAUUGAGGUAAAUUAUUUCUUUAUUUUCAGAGCCUCGACUCUGACUGUGUGAAACUUUUGACACAUUGAAGUUUUUUUCUGUAAGCCACCAUCUACCAUACUUGCUUGUCUUUUUUACUUGAUUACUUUGCAUGUAACUUAUUUAUUUAGCAUUUGUCUUUUGGUGCACAUUCCUCUCAGUUUUUUCCCCCCUAUCUACUGCCUAUCCCCUAUCUUCCCCCUAAAAUUUGCAAGUACAAUUUAUUGCAAUGACACCCAGAGUUUACUUUUUUGAGCCAAAUUAUUACACAUAAUGUUUUGCACAGACAUCAUGCCAUACCUUUAUGUAGUGAUAUAGGUAGCUAAGUGUUUGCUGUGCAAAGGGUUAGCAAAUAUUGAUAUCUCAAGAUAGGCUCAUUAUUUUGCAAGAACUGUAAUUAAACACCAAAAUGCACAUAUCUUGGCUUAUUUUGUGAUUGCUCAAAUGGACAUGAGACUGGCUCUUAAUCUUGCAAGUGUAACUUGCACUGUAUGACCUACCAUGUCUUAGCAUACAUGUGUGCCUUUUCCAUCAAUUUACCAUUUGCCUGCCGAUAGUGGAAAUCAAAUUUAUUGGAUGUACAUGAAUGCCUUAUUUUGACCCUACAUCCUUUCAAUCCAAUUUUUUUAGUUAAAAGCAUUGGGCUAUAGCCCCACCCCUUACUUGCCUUGCUGCCUGCUCUUCUCUUGGCUUCAGAACUGCACAUUUGGUUUGCUCUCAGAUCGCAGGCAUUUUCUGCACCAUCGAUUAUAGUUUGCAGCAACUAAUAUCACAUCUAGAUUAUUCUCUUAUUCUAUUUUCCCUUUUGUGACCAGAUUUUGAAGUUAUUUGUGUGUUGUGAGGUGAUGAAUCAGAGAUAGUUUACAUUGUAAAGAGUUAAAGCUGCUGAAUUUUAUGAAGUCAAGUAAAUUAAAGAGAAUUCUUUGCAGUGCUAGUGUGGACAGCUGAAGGUAGUGAGCAAAAAGUUACUGAAUGACUUUAUAUGUGAUCACUUUUCAGGACGCUGUAAAUAGUCUAUGUAAAUAUUUCGUAAACAUCUAUGUUCACUGUGAUGUUACCUUUUUGCAUUUGUACAUUGUAAACCAAGAAAUACUGUAAAUACCGGAGAUUCCUUUAUUUAUUUAUAUAAAUAUAUUAGUGAAGGAUUUUGAUUUUUGUCUUACUGUAGUAUGUCUCUGGCUGUGAAAACAUAUAUCAACACAUCAGCACCUGAUCUGGUGAAUUGUUCUUGUUCCAGACAAGUCAGUCUAACCCCUACAGUGUACAGCUAAGUUAUAUUAUUUAUGUUCAAUCAGAUUUUUCAGUCCUGAUCUGUUUAAUGUAUGUAACAUCCCUGGACAACUGCAGGGGCCACUGCUGCUGGGUAGCUCUUGCCAUUUGCAAUCGUAGGCUGCAUGUUACAAAGUAAAUACACUAACAAAGCUGUAUGGUUCUUUUGUUUCACAUUCAGUGAUGCUAUUUUUGUUUCCAUGAAAUGGCUUUUUCUUCCUACUGCGAGUGUAUUGUUGAAGGCGUAUGGCACGAACAGCACCAGAAUGUAUGUAGAGUCUGCAGGAUCAAGGACAGUUCACUUGUUACUCACAGAAUGCAUUGUUUGAUGUUUUGUUUUUUGAAUUUUGUUAUCUGUUAGUUUUUGUUGUGCUUUGUUAAAUAAAAGAAACUGAUUUGUUA